GUUACCAUUAGCAACUGGGCAGCGCCCGGCUCAACACCCACUACCGCAGCUGAUGUCCUGCCCAAUACAGUAAACUCAGAUUUCCUGACAACAGUAAAGACCUUGAUAGAAUAGUGGAUCAUGGGCAUUUGAGAUGUCAGUGAGGCUGGCCAUGGUUCACACGUAAGCUCACAGUGAGUGGCACUGCCAUGCUGCCAGGAGUAGGUGUGUUUGGCACGGGGAGCACAGCCCGUGUGCUGGUCCCGUUGUUGAAAGCUGAAGGCUUUGAGGUUCAUGCACUCUGGGGGCGAAGCGAAGAGGAAGCAUGCUGCUUGGCAAAGGAACUUGGCAUCCCAUUUCACACCAGCCGAUCUGAUGACGUCCUGCUGCACCAAGAUGUCGACCUGGUCUGCAUCUAUAUUCCACCUUCAAUGACAAGGCAGAUAGCUGUCAAAGCACUGGGUAUAGGUAAGAAUGUUGUGUGUGAGAAAGCUGCAACUGCAGUGGAUUCAUUCAAGAUGGUGACUGCAGCCAGAUACUACCCCCAGCUGCUCAGCAUUAUGGGUAAUACCUUGCGCUUCCUGCCAGCUUUCGUUGCAAUGCGGCAGAUGCUGGUGGAGGGAUAUGUUGGCGAAAUGCAGGUGUGCGAUGUCCGGGUCUACGGCCCAAGUCUCCUGGACCAGUCGUACGGAUGGACCUGUGAGGAGCUCAUGGGAGGAGGUGGUCUGCACACUGUCGGCUCUGCCAUCAUCGACCUUUUAAGUUACCUGACUGGCACUAGAGCCCAUCGUGUACAUGGCUUACUGCGGACCUUUGUGCAACAGAACAGUUUGAUCCGAGGCAUUCGCCGCGUCACCAGUGACGAUUUUUGUUUCUUCCAAAUGUUGAUGGGUGGAACAGGAUCUAGUUCUUGUGGUGUGUGUUGCACCGUGACCCUGAACUUCAACAUGCCAGGGUCAUUUGUGCAUGAGGUUAUGGUGGUUGGAUCCACCGGUAGGUUGGUUGCCAGGGGGACAGAACUGUAUGGUCAACGCAAUGGGAGUAAAGGUGAGGAGCUGUUGCUAGGUGACAGUGGGUGGGUGGGACCAGAGGUGAAAGAGAUGCCCCUGCCUCACCUGAGGGGGCUCAGCUCUAUGGUAAAGGCACUGAGACAGUCUUUUCAGGCUCAUGAGGAGCGCAGGUCAUGGGCACGAGGACCAGUUGCCAUGGCACCAACAUUUGAGGAUGGUCUGUAUGUGCAGACGGUGGUCGAGGCGGUGAAACGGUCCAGCUGUAGUGGAGAAUGGGAGUGUGUUGAGAUCAUGAGUCAGGAGCCAGAUCCAAACCACAACUUGUGUGAGGCUCUGCAGAGAAAUAAGAACUAGAUAUAUUUAUUCACCCAGUGCAACUACUACAUGUCUGACAAAACUGGGCUCUGAAUGUUGCUCCUUUACUUCAUUUGCUUUAGCAGUUUACAUUACACAUGACUACUUUCACAUUUUGAACAGAAUAUUUUGGUUGAUAGGAUGUAACUGUUUUGUUGAUAUUUGCACCCCCACAGUUGCAAUUUGUUUGUUCACUAAAUUGUCAUCCACAGCUCCAUUAUUCUGAUUUUCAAAGAACAUAUUAUAAAAGCUCUGUAUUUGCUUUAAGUGUGCCAAAAUCUUUGUUACCAAAAAAUUGACGGCCGUUAUUGUCUGAAGCUUGAAGUCAUGGAGCCAUGACUGCAAAUUUCCAGCUAAAUUAGGCUGAUAUGCAUCACCUGUCAGCAAAACACCACACAUAUGUCAAAUAUUGGCCGAGAGCAGAACUGCCUAUAUCUCAAAAAAACAAGUGAAUGUCUGAACAUAGCCCUUCUUUUCACUUCAAGCAGGUUUUGUACUGUGGCAGUUAGUAAAUAAUCACUACCAGAACAUUUAGGUCCAGCACAGUUUGUCCAAGCUGUUAAUUCAGACACUGUGUGAGGUGAAAAUAGUUAGUGUAGGUUUAUAGAACAACUGAGAUAAGAUUUUAAUCUCUAUUGUACAUAGCAUUUAUAUAUUUACAAAUAUUUUGGUGUUAAUGUAUUCCCAACACCAAUAGCACCUUAUUCUGGAUGAAAGUGUUUACCUCAGACAUGAAUGUGAAUAUCAAAGCAUUAGGAUGAUUUGACUAACAAAAUAGUUGCAGUGCGGUGAUUCAGAAUUCAAUUUCUCCAGUGGAGAGCAACCUCUGUAAAAUUCAGAAUAAGAAUAAUGGAGCUGUGUAGAGUUUUUUUUUAUGUGUAAUAAGAAGCAUAAAUUUAGAUUGUUAAAAAAUAAAAAGAGGGGCUAGUAAGUUUUUAUGUUACAGCCUGCGAUGGCCUACAUAACAUACCAGGGAUUGAGUAAAAUAAGCUAUAUAGAGAACCGAAUAAUAAAAAAGUCUAAUUUGUAGCAUUGCCCCUCAAAAUGCCCAUUUCUUAAAGUGGUACUUCAUUUUAAAUUGAACAAUUGAGUAUCACUCAUUCCCUAUAAGCUAGAAGAGAGGUUGAAAAAAGUUGUAGUUUCCUGCUUCGCUGACAGAGCAGCUCUAGUCAGCUGGAUUUUGUGUCUGUGACUGUGGACUUCAGUACUGACAAGUUUUCAUGGUAUCAAAACCAUCUGAACCACUCAAACCACACCUACGUCAUCUCAGGAUUUUCAUUCUUAAUUUCAUCAAAAUAUACUACUUCCAAACAAGUGCAUUACCUCAAGGAUAGAUGUUGACUGUUUGGAACAGAACAAAUGUAAGGACAGAGGUGAAGUGGAUUAUGCCUCAGAGGGAUUUAUAGGAUUGUUUGGUAUCUGUUGUCCACUGAAAACCAAUUGUCAUCUAUUUAACCAUUGAAACUGACCGCGAAGGAAGAAACUACCAACUUUCAACUGUCGCCUGUUGAGCUUACACAAAGGACAGAUUACAGCUGUAGUAACGCGUUAAAUCUUUUUACAUUAUGACAAACAGGCUUGUUCUAGAAAGUGGCCUUUUAUUGUUAAACUGUCAUUAGAUACAAAGCCUGAGUUUAAAAUGUGUGUAAAAAGUUUGUUUACAUGUGUUAACCAUUGAAGUAAUUUUAUAUGUUUUAUAAGAUUUUUUUUUUCAUGCAAUCUAUGCAUUUAAAGUUAUUACAGAUGUUUAAAUCUAGAGGAUGGGUCUGCCACCCCACCCCACCCCACCCCCUUACACCAGUCAUCCUGAAACCUUGCUGAUGUUUUCAUUGAGUAGAACCACUGGAUUUGAUGUGCAUGAGAGAAGAAAUGUUUGCCUCUUUAACAUGUUCAGAGGCAGGAAGUGUUGAACAGUUUGUGGUUGUUGUAGUCACUCACUGCAUCUCAGUUCUGCUGAAUAUCCUAAAUAAUAUUGAAGACAGAUGCAGUGUACUGGUGUGAUUUGAUUGGUCUGUCCCCUUCUUAGACCCACGCAAGAUCUGCACAUAAGGACGCAUACAUGUUACACGCUUACCUCACGCUAUCCCAACAGUGCUUUACAAAAACCCUAAAUCAAGUUUACAUUAAGUGUCUUUAACACAUUUGCCUGCAGGAUGCUCCAUAACACACCACUAUUAAAAUACAUUCCAACCGAAUUUUUACCGUCUUGUUAACAGUUGCUUUUGUUUUGUUUUGGUUUUUUUGCACUGAUAACUGAUAAAAUGCCACCUAUUUAAUAUGCAGUGUAAUGCUUGUACCAGCCAGCUCACUGCAAAAAUGAAUUUAACAUUUGUGUGUAAAAGGAAGACCUUUUGUAUUUAUUUAUGUCUUGGUGUGGAGAAAGUUUCCCUUCAUUCAUUCUGUUCAGUGUUUGUGUUUUCAGCCUGUGAAUUUCUGUUUAAAGCUGUAAUAUUUAUCUUGUUUAGAUUUAGUGUUGUUUUAAUUGAUAAUAUGGCUUGUUGAGCACAAUGUGUUGCAUUUAAGUCGGGAAACUGUACUGUUCAUCUGCCUGACAGAUAUUUCAUUUAAUAAAUACAGUUGUCUUCAUUUAA